AUGGGUCUUCCGAAUGCAGAGCAGGAACCAUCAAGGCCCCCCAAGUUUACCAUCGACCUAUCGCUCAACCCUGAAGAUCGCUAUAAGGCCUUGGCCACCGCCUAUCAGACCGAAGUUCGAGGCCUGACGGGCUUAUUCAAUGCCCUCUUACGGGAUAUUGGCCUUCCCGGUUCCUAUCACGGAUUAGUCAAUGGAGCCGCUCGCCUCCUUUUGAGAGGCGUCCAUUCCCCCAUCGAAACGGCAGAACUCCGUGGCAUAUCCCAGGUCACGGGGAUCCCCAUGUACCUCCUUGUCUCUUUCAACGUCAUUCUGGAUGCGCUGAUGGGGUGUACUUCUGGUGCGGUCAAGACAUUGGAGGACGGACAGCCAAAGAGUCAAGCCAAGAUGCUACAUUUUCGCACGUUGGACUGGACCAUGGAUCCGCUUCGAUCAAUCAUUGUGCAACUCGACUUUGUUCGGAGUCGGUCGGCAAACCCAUCCCGGGUUCUUGCCCGCAGCAUUACCUAUGUUGGCUUCGUCGGCAUUUUGACUGGUGUGCGUGAGCGUCUCAGUCUAUCGCUGAAUUUCCGGGCGGUGCACAACGCCACUACAAAGAGAGAUCACUUCAGGUUUUAUUUUCAUCAUCUUUUGGUUCUUUUAGGCAUUCGUCAGUCAAUCUCGAGCAUAUUAAGGAAUUAUAUGUUUUCGGACGUACCACACGAAAAGAAUCAGCCCAAGACUCUUGCUGAGGUCUCGGAGGAACUGCUCCAUCGACACACGACAGCGGCGUACUUGACCUUUAGUGACGGCGGUUCGACCAUUGUGAUCGAAAAAGACUACGAUAGUGGCCAGAUUCGAAAGUCAAGUACAUUCAUCGCCGCCACCAACCAUGACGAAGUUGAGCAUCAUCCAAAGUCAAAUGCAGCCACUCCCGUGGCGAAUGAGGUUGCCGGAGGGUCUUCACGAAUCGCACCUGGUUUGGAGGAACUUCUAGAGGAGAGUCGGGACAGACUUGAGUGCGUUGCUUCAAAAUGGACAUCCCGGGUGCGAAAAGUCAAAAGACAAUCCAGGAGAGAAGGACGGACGGAUUUGCACCGCAUUGAAGAUGAAACCACCGUUACCGAAGCUGACGUGAUUGAGUGGGUCUCGGCAUAUCCAACAACAAACGAACAAACUCAUUUGGCGACUGUUCUGGAUGCUACGAAUGGCCAAGUCGUCUGGACACGCGUCUAUCCGGACCCAAACGAGAACGCCGAAUGA